AUGGGGGCCUCAGAGUCAAAGCUCGUCUUCAAGCAGGGUAUCUUUCGAUUGUCAGAGGAGAAAGAGAUCCCCGCAGGCGACUCAUACUGGACACGAUUCUGGGAGCUUCCAGAGUCCACAGAAGACGUAUUCAGUCUGUUCACGCCAGCCGACAUUCGCCGCACUCGCGACCAUGCCUUUUCCAACUUCGAGACCCUACUGCUAUCGGUAUCAUCGCGCUUAAUAGUCCUCAAGAAUCACCCUUCGUUUCCAGACCCCGAUCUCGCCCCGGAACGCGAUGCGCUCAACUGUAUUCGAAUAUUGACCCGCCUCUUGCCGUUCAUUCAUGAAGCUGAACAUUUGGAAGAAUGGGAGGAGAAAUUCUUCUGGGCAACUCGCAGAAGAAAGACCAGGCAGGCGCAGAUCGCCGGAGAGGUUCUCUUUGAUGAGGCGCAACCAGAGCAGCGGGAUGGGUUUCCUUCCAGUGGGGAGGGGUAUGAAGAUGUGAAACCUCUUGCUGAGGAGCUGAUCGACACGCUGCUUGACCUUCUGUUCUUUGCGGAUUUCACCAUACCUGUACUUCCGACCGCGAAGAGCAAAAUCUCCUUCUCGAUUUGGCAGAGUGGUGUGGGCUGCAAUACAGCAAUGGGGUCAAACAAGACACUCGAGAGCAAUCGAUGUGAGAUUUUGCGUCUACUGCUUACAAUGACGGGAAAGGCGAUGUAUUUGCCUUCGAACACUCUUCCCGUGCAAGGCGUCAGGGCGAUGACGUAUAUUGCAACGUGUCAGGACAAGCAGUCAGUGUUGACACUGCUGUGCUCUCUUCUCAAUACGGCUAUGAAAUACAAUCCCGCUGCAUGGCGUGUGCCGUAUGAUCAUGUGGUCUGGAAAGAUCCUCGACAGAUUCUGGUGAUCUACUGCUUGCAGCUUCUUCUGGUUCUCCUUCUUUACCCCAUCCCAGAGGAUGGCCGUGGCUCUCCACCAAAGAACUAUUAUCGCCAUUACUACGGCAGACUCCACAGACCCCAAGAUUUCCAAUUCCUGGUUGACGGAAUGACGAGAAUUCUGAAUCAGCCUAUGCAAGCCACAGCCUCGUACCUCCCUGGUAGUCAAAGGUCGGUGAAAUGGGCACCCGAGAUGCUCAUAUUGUUCUGGGAGACCCUCCAAUGCAACAAACGCUUCCGAUCUUUCAUUAUUGAUUCGAAUCGGUCACAUGACUUUUUGAUUCUGUGCGUCUUCUAUGCGAUUGAGUACAGGACAGAGCCAUCGAAGCAGGGGGUGGUCCGGCUCUGCAUUUUCAUUCUUCAGACGAUGAGUGCCGAGCCCAAUUUUGGAAAGAGCUUGAAUAUGAAAUUCGAAGCGCAGGAGACGCUGCCGCAAUCCAUUCGUCUGCUCAAUUUCCGCGGAAGCUAUGCGGAUUACCUUUUUAUGUCAAUUGAAACCCUCAUAACGACCAGUAAAGGGAAUCUAGACACUGUCUAUCCUGCCCUCCUCACGAUUCUUACCAAUAUUGCCCCUCAUAUCAAGCACAUCUCUCCCAGUGCUUCCUCCAAGGUCGUCCAACUUUUUUCGGCAAUGUCUGCGCCGAGCUUCUUGUUAGCCAAUGAAACAAACCACACACUGCUUGCGUCCCUGCUAGACUUCAUCAACGCAAUUCUUGAGCACGGUUUCACGGAAAACCCAUAUCUUGUGUAUGCAAUCCUGAAGCAUAGACAAAGAUUUGAAGCCGUCCGAGCUUUUACCCUGGAAAGCGGACAGCGAGAGAUUGAACGUCAAAAGGAGCAGCGCAAGGCCGGAGAAAAUUCGACAGAGUCGACAACCAGCCCUACGUUACCUCAUGCCGGGGAUGACCUUUUUGCGCCUUCUGGCGCGCGCUCUCCGUUGACGCGCAUUCCGGAAGAGAACGGUGCAUUCGCGAUUGGCGACGAUGAUUCUGAAGCAGAGGACACUGAAGAGGGAGGUCAAUCUACACCAGCCCAAUCUUCACCGUCUGCGCAAGCUUCUCGCAGGCCCUCGUUUGCCUCGACCGCGGAUGAGACUGGUUCUCAGGUCCGGGGUAUUUCCGAAAAGGCACGCGGUAAAAUGCCAGCGGGGAGACCCUCAUUCUCGCGGCAAAACAGCAUAACCAGCCUGGCGAGCGUCUCCGCGCUGUUUUCUCCGACAUCUGCAGGCUUUGCUCCCACUGUUGCUUGGCUCGAGUCAUGGUUGCCGGAUCUUCCCCUGCACACCAUCCUGACCAUCAUUGCAGCAAUUGAGCCACACAUUCCCGCCGCAGCCCUUCAAGCUACGUCCAGCCCGGAAGCUCGCACCCUCAUCCAUAAUCUCCCAUCCUUUGUCGAAGAGCCGCAGAUUGCAGGGAUCAUCUCGGAUCCAACGCCAGUUCGUGCGCAAUCAUUUGAAUGGUCGGCUCUUUCGAUGGGCUGGUAUGAAUCGCUUCUCUGGGGCUUCAUCUUUUCGAGCGAGAUGGUUGUUGGCUCUGCUGCAGGUGCUACCCCAGGAACCGUUGGUGUCUGGAACGGGACGGCUAUUCGCCUCUUCCGAGUACAAGAAGCUGCUGCACAGGGACCUACCUUGCUCGCGCCCAAAGGUGCCGUCGACGCCGUCGGUAGCAAUCUUGUCCAGCGUAUUGGGAAUCUCAGUCUUCGGGGACGCAACUCGAUUUCUCAAGAUACGCCGAGUGGUGCCCCUUCCAGCAUGAGAGAAGUCUGA